AUGCGAAGCGUACAAGCUCAUAAAAUAAAUGAAUUUAGUAGCAUUACAAUAGUUGGCGGUGGUGAUUGCGUCUAUGAAGAAGUUAUUGAAGCUGUAAAAUAUGAUUAUCCUAAAAAGGAGAUCACACUACAGAAAAUUGAACAUACAAAUAGCUCUGUAUUAGAAAUAUUAUUAGGUGGUUCUCGAAGUAAUAUUAAAAAUUAUUCGGAUGAAAAUGAUCAAAAAUUAGUUGAUGGAAUGUUACAAAAUAAACCCAAUAUAAUUACUCGUUCUAUCCGUAUGGUAUUAAAUCAAAAAUAUCAAUGUCCUGAAUGUGUAAAUAGCAAACGUCAAUUUACUCCGGAGGGACUUCGUGCACAUCUUUUAGGAGCAAAAAAACAUCUAACGUCUGUUAUAGAUGUGUCAAAAGUUCCUGUAAAUGUUAAGGGUAGUCAAAGGUUUUGUCCGAAGGGGAAAAUGAAAUUAAUUCUUCCGUCAACUGGAGAAGUAUUUGAAAGUUCAAAGAAAGGUAAAAAAUGUCCACGAUGUCCAACACAAAAACAAAAAUACAAAACAAUAUUAUUGUUUAAACAUUUGCAAGAAAAACAUCCAGACAAUGGAAACGUUCAAAUACGAUGUUGCAGCGAAGAGAUUAUCUACAAAGAUCUGAAUGAAUUCUUUCAACAUAUUUUACAUGAUCCAUUCGAUAUGACAUAUAAAAUAUACGCUUAA